CAAUGAGUUAAGGCAGAGCCUCACUUUAACACUGAAGACGCCUCCAUUUGAAAUCUCAAACAUCAAAAUGCGUUUUGAGUUUCUUUUUUCACUGAUCUUCAGCAUCGUCGUCGCUUCCUUUGUCAAUGGUAGUCACGGCACUACGGAAGCCAAUAGUUCCCGAAUCUUCAUCUACAAUGGCAGUUUAUCUUUCACGACAUUUACUGUUCUCAAAACGAGUACCACCGUCACUUCCACAUUGACCAGUACCACCACUUGCACCACCUCAUCAGCCGCCCUGACUACCUGCACCAUCGGUCGUCGUCGACGCGGCCUCUUUUACGAUGAAGCCGCAUCACAGGGACGCAAUCGUCGUGGUCUUUUUUACAACGACGAAGAAAUCCAGAACAAAGAGGGUAGCUCCUUUCUUCCUGCUGCCACAGGCUCAAAGAAUCCCGUUGAUGAGGUUCAGUCUAAAUCAAGUGACAAUUCCGCGAUCCCGUUGACCGUUGAAUCGGGUUUCGAAUUGCCAAAAGAUAGCCCAGUGAAUCGCUUUUUGGUAGCGUUCGGGACGUCUACACUCACAUCUUACACCGUCACCACCUCAACCAUCAGCUUGACGGCGUUUUGCAGCAGCACCACCGGUUUUGCGCUUUGCGGUACUACAGGAAAAUAAGCAACACAUUUUAAAUACUUUGCAAAUGUACACAAACGAAUUGCGGCACCGCAGGUGGCUUGGUUUCUAAUAAGAUAAAAAUAAGAAAAUGAAAAAAAAUUCGAAUUCCUUUGCAUCUUCAUUCCCCGUUUCAAUUGUAAUAAACAGAAAUACAAUCACAAAAAAUUCUACACGUU